CUGCACACUGCAGCGCGUCCGCGCGAGCCCCCAAAUUUAUUCAGAUAUCAGCAGUCAGGCGAGCGUCUCAUAUAAAUACACACACCUAUACGCACAAUCUCUAACCCUAUCUCCGCUCCGAUUCAAGCUCGUGCAGCACGAUUAUCGAUACAACACCACGCAAUUCGUAAGGAUCUCGUGUGUUGAAUUGUGGUUGAAAAGAUGACUAAUAGACCAGCUACGCGGAGUAAGAACAAGAGGCAGAAAGUUGAUGAUGAUGCUGCGGUCACUUCGAGGCUUUUCCGACAAAUUCACUCUUCAGGCCAGGUUACUGCAGAUGAUAUAAACCACUUAUACAUGAUUUCUAAACCUGUCUGCCAAGGUUGUCGGUUAAAUACAAAAGAUAAUCCCAAUUGCUUUUGUGGGUUGAUACCACCACCCAAUGGAAGUAGAAAAUCCGGUUUAUGGCAGAAGACAUCAGAUAUUCUGGAUUCACUCGGUGCUGAUCCAUCCAAUGACCUUCGUGCCUCCCUUGAGUCACCUGCAGGUCUAACUAAUCUGGGUGCUACCUGUUAUGCGAACAGCAUUCUACAGUGCUUGUAUAUGAACAAGCUAUUCAGGGAAGGUAUCUUCUGUGUUGAACAGGAUGUUUUGAAGCAACAACCAGUUAUAGAUCAACUGGCUAGACUAUUUGCAAAGUUACAUGCUAGUAAGAUGUCUUUUAUUGAUUCGGCUCCAUUUAUUAGAACGUUGGAGCUAGAUAAUGGCGUUCAGCAAGAUAGUCAUGAGUUUCUGACCUUGCUAUUUUCUUUACUUGAACAAUGUCUGAGCUGUUCCACCGUUGCAAGGGCUAGAACAGUUGUCCAAGAUCUUUUUCGUGGAGGGGUCUCACAUGUGACCAAGUGCUCACAAUGUGGAAAUGAGUCUGCAGCUUCAUCAAAGAUUGAAGACUUCUACGAGCUAGAAUUGAAUGUCAAAGGCUUAAAGAGUCUAGAUGAGAGUUUAAAUGAUUAUCUAAGUGUGGAAGAGCUUCGGGAGGACAAUCAAUAUUACUGCGAGUCCUGUGCAGCUAGAGUUGAUGCUUCUCGUAGCAUUAAGUUGCGGUCACUGCCAACUGUCCUCAAUUUUCAGCUCAAGCGUUGUAUUUUCCUUCCCAAUACCACAAAGAAGAAGAAAAUUACUUCUGUGUUUGGGUUUCCUCGUGAACUGGAUAUGUCAGACAGGUUGACUGGACACUCUCAAGGCAAGUGGUUGUAUGAUUUGUCUGCUGUGUUGAUUCACAAGGGUUCUGCCGUAAAUAGUGGUCAUUAUGUCGCCCAUAUUAAGGAUGAGAAUACAGAGCAAUGGUGGGAAUUUGAUGACGAACAAGUGUCCAGUUUAGGUCAACACCCUUUCGGGGAAGAAUCUUCAAAAUCUGUUCCCAAACCAUCAUCAAUCGAACCAGUAGUUCAAGCUACUUGCUCUAAGACGACGGAUGGUGUUGCGAAUGGAUCUCAUGCUGAUACUGGAGAGCCACUAUCAUCAGCUUCUAACAAUGCAACUGAUGCACAAAUGUUCUCAUCAACUGAGGCAUAUAUGCUCACAUACAUUCUGAGGCGCCCGAAGAAUGAUGGUGAAUAUACACAAUUGGGUUCUGGCGAAGCUUCCUUGGAAAAGGGCAGCAGUAUUUCCAUUCCUUCUCAUCUUUAUGAAGAGGUAUCGAAGUUAAACGAGUCACUUUCUGAUUCUUGUGAGCAAUAUAAGUUGAAGAAGAAAUCAGAAAUGGAUCAGAUCACUGAAAAAAGAGAAGAGGUACGAUCUGUUCUUUGUGCUGCAGCUGUCCAGUCUUCCCAGGAGCCAUACUUUUGGAUAUCUGCUGACUGGCUUCGUCAUUGGGCUGACAACAUAACAUCACCCACAAUUGACAACAGUCCAAUCACUUGCUUGCAUGGAAAGUUGCCUGUUUCAAAGGUUGGACAAGCGAAGCGGCUGUCAACCAAUUCUUGGACCAUGUUAUUUUCUAAGUAUGGCGGCGGCCCAAUAUUGGCUAAGGAUGACUACUGUACAGAUUGCGUUCUUGAGGAAGCCCGUGGUCUGGUAUGUGCCGAUAGCUACAGGGAUCAAAGAAUGUUAAUGAGAGAAAUUGCAGAGGCAGCACUCUCAGGGAUGCUUCCAGAUGGAAAGUCGUACUAUGUUUCUAAAACAUGGCUGCAGCAGUGGUUACGCAGGAAAACUCUUGACGCUCCAUGUGAAGCUGAUUCAGGACCGACAGCUUCAAUCAGGUGUCCCCAUGGGGAACUUCUACCUGAGAAAGCCGCUGGUGCCAGGCGCUUGUUGAUUCCUGAGACACUCUGGCUUUUUAUCGUCGAGUCUGCCAACACUGUGAAGCCGAACGACUUGGAGGGUUGUUCAGUUUUUCUUCUAGAAUCUGAGCCAUGUGGUAUAUGCAGCACUAAUCUCUCAGAAGAGGCAUGCGAGGAAGAUAGUAUGAGAGAGUUCAAGUUGAAGCAGCGUCAGUCUCAUGAGAAGUUAGCUCAGGGAAAAAGUGUAACACUCUCCUCUAAUAGCAAAUACUAUCUCAUACCAUCUUCUUGGCUCUCAAAUUGGAGAUCCUUCAUCAGCACAAGUGGAAAGAAUGCCUCGCCGCCACCUGAAACUUUGAAUUCUGUUCUUGAGUUGCUGAAGUGCGAACAGCAUUCUAGGCUUCUCAAAAGACCUCCUCAACUUACUUGGAGACGCGGUGCCAUUUUCCAAAAGUCGCCCACUUUAGAUGAGUUGGCAAUUAUCACAGAGAAUGAUUGGAAAGUAUUUUGUGAAGAUUGGGGUGGUAUAGAUAGUGGGGGUGUAUCUGCUAUAAUUGAGUUUAAUAUUCGCAUGGAAGGCAACGCUCUUGGUCUUUCCAAGGAUACACCAUUAUCUGAGGAGCAUUCCAAGGAUACACCAUUAUCUGAGGAGCAUUCCAAGGAUACACCAUUAUCUGAGGAGCAUAUGGAUUCUGCUACAGCCUAUGAUGAUUCAGAGUGCGGCGACCCUAUAUUGAAGACUUCUCCUAUGGUUUGUGAGGAUUGCAUCGGCGAAAGAGAAAGCUCUGAGUUGAUGAAGAAACUUAACUAUUACAAUGAGGAUAUACGUGUAUGUCUUGUUCGUGGCAAGGAACCUCCGAAAUCAAUUCUCUCAGCAUCUGAGAAAAGUUUAGAGCUCAAUCGUCGAACUUCCAAGCGCUCUCGGAAGACAACAUUCGGAAACACUUCAAAUUUUAAGGUUUCUGGGUCCACGACCAUCUACCAAUUGAAAAUGAUGAUAUGGGAGUCUUUUGGGAUUGUCAAGGAAAACCAGAUACUACAUAAAGGUCCCAAAAUUAUUGAUAUGGAAACUGCUACUCUCUCUGACAUGAAUAUCUUCCCAGGAGAUCUUCUGUGGGUCAAAGAUUCAGAAAUCCACGAGAAUCGGGAUAUAGCAGAUGAGCUUUCUGCCUGUGACCAAAAGAUGGAGAUCCAGCAAACUGAAGAAGGGUUUCGCGGAACACUGUUGACAUCAAAUAUAUCUUCGCAGAUCAUGGGCAUGUUUUGAAUGAGAAGCAUUACCCUGUAACAUUGUGCUUAUUUUAUUAUUUCAUCUUGGAGGAAGCUUCAACCUAGAUUUUGAAGGUUUCCUGGGUUCUCUACUCACAGGUGGUUGUCGUCUUCAAAUUUAGCGGUAGAAAGUAGUCAAAAUUUUCAAAUGUCAGAGGGAAAAAAGUUGUAUAUUGCUGCAUCAGAGGCCUACCUGUAUUUGGGCUCUCAAGUUUGCUCGGCUUAGUGUUCUUAUCUUAUGAUUGUGAAACUGUUAUGGUCAUUCCUUGACAAUAUUCCGCCUCUGCCUUUUGACGUGCCAUACCUGUGGUAUCGAGGGCAGAGUGAUUUUGUCCAUGUUCAAAGUUGCUGUGGGUGGGUGGGGGGUGGGGGGUCUUAUGUAAGCUUUCCAGGACUUCUAACAUUUUAGUGCACGAUUGCCUACAUAUUCCCCAAUCUGCUUAGAAUGGGAAAGAGGGCUUUUUAUGAACCGAUACACAGUCAGUUUUCCCCCAUUUUCCCCGGCCUGCUUAAAAUGGGGAAGAUGACUUUUAUGAACUAAAUACACAGGGGUUGAGUUUUCCCCCAUUUUUUCCA